ACAGCUCGCGGCAAUGGCGGACGCCGUGCAGCGGCCAUGCAGCAUCUGCAUGGAGCCCAUGGCGCCCUCGGGGGCCCACCGCGGCAGCAUCACCUGCACGCACGCCUUCUGCGGGGCGUGCCUGACGGGCCACGUCCGAGUGAAGCUCGAGUUGGGCCGCGCCGGCGCCGUGGGGUGCCUCGACGCGGCAUGCGCCGGCACGCUCGACCCGGAGCUCUGCCACGCCGCGCUCCCGGGCGACGUGUUCGAGCGGUGGUGCGCCGCGCUGUGCGAGUCCAUGUUCGCCGGCGCGCGGCGGACCUACUGCCCGUUCCCGGACUGCUCCGAGAUGAUGGUGUCCGACGACGGCGGCGACACCGUGACGCAGUCCGAGUGCCAGGUGUGCAGGCGGCUGUUCUGCGCCCAGUGCCGCGUGCCGUGGCACGCCGGCGCCGACUGCGCCGCCUACAGGCACCGGGACACGGUCAGGGGGGACGCGAUGCUGCUGGAGAUGGCCGCGGGGAGGAGGUGGAGGCGGUGCUCAAAGUGCCAGUUCUUCGUGGAGAAGACCGAAGGCUGCUCGCACAUCAGAUGCCGGUGUGGCUACCAGUUCUGCUACGGGUGUGGCUCGCAGUGGGGCACGUCUUGUUCCGGGUGCACUAAUUAGGGAGUCGAUAUAUAUCCUGAGAUUAUAUCGACGCUCAGAUGCUGUUGUCGUAAUAUUUAGUA